AUGGGCCCAACACGACAAGUGAAUGAGGAAGAGGGUAACUUCGACUGGCUUGGCCCUAUCCUCAAUAUUGCAGUCAACGUGGCCAAGCCCAUCACUACUCAGGCAAUCGAAAACCUGAUCAAAGGUGAACUGGCAGCCGAUUCUACUGUUUUCGAAGUAUCCAGCGAGCACGAGCAAGCUACCAAGAUUCUCCUCCAGCGUGCUGUUAUAGUCGAUACAGCUCUACAGGCUUUGAUGCCUAUGCCUCUGUAUAAAUUACAGCAGCUGAGUCCCAUCAAUGGCGAGACAGGUGACACCGAUGGCGUCUUUGACUUCAUCAAGGAUACAGUCUAUAAGCUGGGCCCUUCUGCUCUCGAUGCCACCAAGGAAGCGUCAAAGACCUACCUGCCCCGUCUCAUUAAUGCUACCGGCCAGAAGGGAUCGUCCAGUCUCGACUUCCAGCUCGAGACCUCCACUGUUCCCCAUCGAAAGAAAGCUUCGCUUUUGGAUGCCCUCAAUGGGUACGACAACGUACUCAAGGUGAGACAUAUUGAUCAUAGUGCAGCUGGCCUGGCUUCCAUCGAUAUCACUCCAAUGAUCCGCACUCGCCAGAUAGCCUAG